AUGCAUCGUGCUCUACUACGCCAUACCCUCAUUCUCGCCGUAGUCUCUAUUGCUUCAUCAGUGUCGGCUUUCUGGACAGAAAACGACAAUAAUACCAACAACCAGCCUCAGCAAUGGUCGUCUUAUUUCCAGCAACGACAAGCCGGAGCCUGUGGCACUGGGGAACCAAGCCCGGCGCUGAGAGAUGCACAUAAACGCUUGUCCUCGACCGAGUACAGACAGGUAGUAGUGGGUGACGGCGAUAGUAGCAGCAAUGCUAGUAGUCGUCCUCCGGUCGAUUCAUUGCCUCGUAUACAAGUCGAUACAUGGUUUCACGUUGUGAGUACAAGUGACCAGGCUGAUCUAGUCACGAAUGCGAUGAUAGCAGAUCAGUUUGUCUACCUGCAACAGGCAUAUGCAAAUACGAGCAUACACUACACUCUUAGGGGCGUGGAUCGAAGUAUCAACGACACCUGGGCGCGAAAUGGGGAUGCAUUAGCAAUGAAGAGAACACUGCGCCGAGGCUCCUACAGUGCUCUCAAUAUCUAUUUCCAGACGAACUUGGAGAUGUCGGAUCCUUCAGGAGUCAACUCUCGUAACGCCAUGAAUCAUAAUCGCAAUGCUGUGACCAAGUUCCCACGGGAUCAGGAACCACACUAUUCUUCAUCGUCGGCAUCAUCAUCAGCACCAAACCUCCUGGGAUUCUGCACCCUCCCCAACCCACAGAUCAACAGCAGCAGCACUCUGGAUGACUACAUCAGCGACGGCUGCAACAUCCUCGCUGCCACCAUGCCCGGUGGCUCAAUUACCCAUUACAACCGCGGCGGCACCGCGGUGCACGAAGUCGGGCACUGGCACGGUCUGCUACACACAUUCCAAGACGAGACUUGUGCCCCCGGCGACGAGGGCGACUAUAUUCCAGAUACUCCGCAGCAAUCAACGCCAACGGAUGGUUGUCCUGCUCCUGGUACGAAGGAUUCGUGCCCUGAUUUACCGGGUUUGGAUGCCAUUUCGAAUUUCAUGGAUUAUUCGUCGGACGAUUGCUAUCAGAAUUUUACGUAUGAUCAGGCUAUGAGGAUGCGGAGUAUGUGGUCGGCUAUGAGGGAAGGGAAGUAG